UGGGUAAACAGGCAUAUAGUCAUGCGUCACUCCUAUGAAACGUGUUUCAUGGUUCUCAUGGCAGCCCUCGGCUUUUGGUGUUUAAACAUUGAAGCGUUGGGAACUGCGUCAAGCGAGCUCCUCCACAGAGUGGCUCUCCUGUAUCCCCCCCUUCACUUGAUCUGCUGAUGGAACAAUCCUCAUUGCAGGGUGUGGAGCCAGUGCCGGCCAGACAGGCUAGACAACAAGAAGUAAUAACGGGAGAGCAGCGAGUUUGAUUCGAUACUGGCAAAAAAGAAAAUGGCUUUACGGGGAUAAAAAUGAUCGGAAUUGAAGAAACGCUUGGAGACAAAAGAAGCGUUACGUUUGUGGGUUGAAACCGAAGUUGCGAGAGUUACGGCGGCAAACGUUGAUGUGAAAGUGUUCGCGGAAGCUUCACUAAACCGAACGGAAUUGCGAGUGCGCUGACAGCUGUGGAUGGAAGUAUUUUUACAUUGUUUUGCCGGUUGAUAUUUUUUUACGAAGUUACUUAUCGAGUCCUGGUUUUACGAACGGUGGAGAGUUCCGAAUUGCCAGUUGCGAACUACAAGGGUCCCGGUUGUUGUUUUUUUUAAUCGACUUGACAGCGCGCGCGGCUGGACGACAGCGCGCUCACCGACAGUCAUAAUCCCAACUUUGAGUGAAAAUUGUAACUGCUUGAACAGAAAAGGAGGCGUUUGGAUUUCUCAAACUUGUUUCUGGAUAUCUUUCCAUUUUAUUUUUCGAUUCAGAGACAUCAACACAGCCUCUUUUUUUGCAGAACUGAAGAGGUUGUGCGCGUGCAAGCUUGGUCUCCUCCUGUUUAUUCGUUUGACAUUUGCGCUCGAACUUAAUUUUGUUUUCACCCACAUCGUAUUUUGAAAACGUAAAGGUUUUAUCCCUUCUUCAGUAGUUGUAUAUUGUGUGCCUGUAUCUUGCACUUUAGCACUUUGACUCGUCGUGGUUGUUUGUGCAUGCACGUGUUUGUUUUGAUCCUGCAAGCACACGAAACGUUUAUCACAAGCUAUAUGUUGUUGUCACCCGUGUUUUGAGCUCCUGCCUCCCUCCUCCACGAUUUUUGGACUUGCCAGCGAAUAAGGUCGCCUGUAGACACCUGCGGACUUUGCCAGAUCCAUUAAAUGGGGAAGGGGAGCUUUGUUUUUUUCACAACAGGAAGUCACUGAUACUUUUUUCAUCUGGAGCUGUUUUUUUGUGUGCGUAACAGGAUUAAGAAAAGUGGCAACAUAGCUAUUGAUGCCAAACGCUGCUGCUUUUUUAGUAGCCUAAUUGAAGUCACCGUAUGGUACCUAGACAGAAUCUAAGAAACACUUGCUAUUUUUGGCGGAAGUGAUGGGGUAAAUGGUGUUGAAAAUUGAGACCCCCACCCCCAUCUUUAAAGCUACCAACAUUUCCAGGUUUAGCUCUGGUUUCCUUGUCAGCUGCUGAAUUAUCUGGAUUGGAAAAUUAAAGUGGGGGGUCCUGUCUCAGCAAGGAUCUCAGUUAUAUGAACAGUUAUUGAUAUUUUAGCAAUGGAAUCCCCUAAGUAUCACUGGACAAUGAAUCUAGAUACAAUAAAGCUAACUUUAGUAACCAAAUAAGCUCAUCCCCAUAUAAACAGAGUAUAAAUAUACAAAUCUAUAUAUAUAUGUGUGUGUGUUACAGAGUAUAUAUAUAUAUAUAGGUCUAUAAAAUAUAUAAAACAUACAUAGUUUGAAUAUGUAUAUUUUUAUGCCAAAAGCGAGCAUUGUUGCCUGAAACCCAAUCCAUUGCCUUAGAAUAAAAUAGUAAUAAAGGGAAUAGCAAGGACAGAAACGAAACAGUGUUUGAAAUAACUAAACGGUGCCUUUUUCGUUCAUCGGUUUCUUCUGUCUGUCACUUCAGGAUUUCACAAGUAAUUGAAAGAUAUUUUUGUGCGUAGAUUAAAGUCCUAUCUUUAUAACUUGCCUUCACGGUUCAAACUUGAGUUUAGUUACCACUGGAUUGUACCCCACUGGAUUAUGUACUGAAGUUAUAGGCAUGUGAGAAGGAUUACUCUAUACUUGAUGUCAGCGAUUUUUUCAAAAGUACUUUUUGGGAUCCCCAACAAACUUUAUUAGAGUCAUUCUUUGGAUAUCACCGGCCAACGCAAAAGCAUUUCAGAUGGUGAUCACUUCGUCUGUGGAGGAGAAGCCGCAGCCUUCUAACAGAAUGGUCGCAAACUUGGCGACCGAAUCCUGGAUUGGCAGCCCAGAUCAAAAUCGCUUCCUACCCCAGUCACACCUGCUAAGAAAGCCGGCAAAAAGUGGAAGCAGCUCAGGAUGCAAGCCCCCCUCCUCUACCCUCUGCCAGCCUGCCGCCUUGGGCUUCUCCCCCGCUGAGCCAACCAUGUCGAGCCAGCACAGCCACCCCUCCUUUAGUAACAUCCACUCCAUGGCCGACCAGCAGCAGGUGCUGUCAGAUAUGACCAUCCUGCAGAGGAGGAUUCCACCCAGUUUUCGAGAUCCCGCCAGCGCACCGCUACGAAAACUCUCUGUCGAUCUCAUCAAGACAUACAAGCACAUCAAUGAGGUGUAUUACACAAAGAAGAAAAGGCGAGCCCAGCAGGUUCCCCCUGAGGACUCCAGCACCAAAAAAGAGCGCAAGGUGUACAACGAUGGCUACGACGACGACAACUAUGAUUACAUUGUGAAAAACGGGGAGAAGUGGCUGGACCGCUACGAGAUCGACUCGCUAAUUGGAAAAGGCUCCUUUGGACAGGUGGUGAAAGCCUAUGACCACCACGAGCAGGAGUGGGUGGCCAUCAAGAUCAUCAAGAACAAGAAAGCCUUCCUGAACCAGGCCCAGAUCGAGCUGCGGCUUCUUGAGCUCAUGAACAAACACGACACUGAGAUGAAGUACUACAUAGUCCACUUAAAGAGGCACUUCAUGUUUCGUAACCACCUGUGCCUGGUAUUCGAGCUCCUCUCCUACAACCUGUACGACCUCCUGCGCAACACCAACUUCCGCGGCGUCUCGCUCAACCUGACGCGCAAGUUCGCUCAGCAGCUGUGCACGGCGUUGCUCUUCCUGGCCACGCCCGAGCUCAGCAUCAUCCACUGCGACCUCAAGCCCGAGAAUAUCCUCCUGUGCAACCCCAAGCGCAGUGCCAUCAAGAUUGUGGACUUUGGCAGUUCCUGUCAGCUAGGACAAAGGAUUUACCAGUACAUCCAGAGUCGGUUCUACCGUUCGCCCGAGGUGUUGCUCGGCAUGCCCUAUGACCUGGCUAUAGACAUGUGGUCCCUGGGCUGCAUCCUGGUCGAGAUGCACACAGGCGAGCCACUCUUCAGUGGCUCCAAUGAGGUGGACCAGAUGAAUAAAAUAGUGGAGGUGCUAGGGGUCCCUCCUAACCAUAUGCUGGAUCAGGCCCCUAAAGCACGCAAGUACUUCGACAAGCUAUCCGACGGCCUCUGGACCGUCAAGAAGAACAAGGAUAUUAAGAAGGUACUUUAUCCUUCAGCCUCCGAAUAUAAACCACCUGCCACACGACGACUGCACGAGAUCCUGGGGGUGGAGACGGGAGGUCCAGGGGGGAGACGGGCUGGAGAACAGGGCCACGCGCCCUGCGACUACCUGAAGUUUAAGGACCUGAUCCUGCGCAUGCUGGACUACGACCCUAAGACACGCAUCACGCCCUUUUACGCGCUGCAGCACAACUUCUUCAAGAAGACGACGGACGAGGGCACCAACACCAGCAGCUCCACCUCCACCAGCCCUGCCAUGGACCACAGCCACUCCACCUCCACCACGAGCUCGGUCUCUAGUUCUGGUGGAUCUAGCGGUUCUUCCAAUGACAACCGAAAUUACCGGUACAGCAACCGGUACUACAACAGCGCAGUCACUCACACGGACUAUGAGAUGCAGAGCCCACAGGCUCCAUCUCAACAGCAGUUGCGCAUCUGGCCCGGAGGUGACAGCAGCAUGGGUCAGCUGUCCAACAGCAGCAGCGAUUCAUCUUACACCCAACUGAUGUUGCACAAGCCGGCGGCCACGCAGCACUCGCGCCACUUCCUGGGCAACAUCGGGGGCAUGAUGGAGCCGCACCAUCCCCACCCCAUCUACGGCAGUCACCACAGCAACGGCAGACAGCUCCGGCAACAGCAGCAGCAGAACCAGCCGCAGGGCCAGACCUCGCAGGGCCAGCAGGGCCAGGCGCUGAUGCCUGUCUCUUCCCCGCAGAUGCAGGACAGCAUCGAGCUGAGCCUCACCCACCACCACCAUCUGGGUCAGUCUUCCAUCAUGCAGCCACCCCCGUCGAGCUUGGACUCCAGUCAGUACGGCUCCUCCAACCUCCACUUGGGCCUCUCUGCCUUUCGGACUAGGACAGUCAUGGCCCCCCAGCAGCCCCCCUCCGCUUCCCAGCAACAGUUGCCACAGGCCCCAGCCUCCCAGGACAGCAUGGUCGCUGCCUCCGGUUUGGGAUACAUCCCUCCGUGCUACGCCGGCAGCAACAACAAUAACAACCCGGCCCAGGGAAGCGUGGGAGUAGGGGGCAUGCUUACCGGGGGGCCUCCGCCCAGAGGAGUGGGGGGAGCUGGGGGGCGGCCGGAUUCAGAGGAAUCCGCCAUGAUGGCAGUGUGCGGUAGUGGGAGUGGGAGCGGUCAGAGUGCAGCCAACUCUUGAUAAAUCUUGAACAAAUUCCAAAAGCCAUACGAAAAUUUUAACGAAAACGUAACAGUGACAAAAAAAUGCCACACCUACACACACACACACGAACGCGCGACACGUAGUCGAACGUAUAACAAAACAAACACACGGCCACACCGCAGAGAAAAACUUGUGAAAUAUCAAACCGUUGAUUUUGGUUUUUGGUUUCGUUUUGGUUUUGCAUGGGGAGACGGUCAGGGAGGGCACGAAUGGGAUGAUUUUAAAACUAUUUUUAUCCUUGUUUUCCUGUUAAUUUGUUUUUCUUUAAUCGAAGGAGAAGAGCAGCGGGCAAAGUGGUCGAAAACAGAAGGUUUCAGAAAGUUGGUUUUUACCAUUGUUAUAUUGUUAUUUGAUUUUAUGUCAGGUUUGCAGGUUUUUUCUUUUCGUUUUUGUGAGAGGAUUAAAAAAUUGAAUGUGUUUGUCAAGACGACAGCAGCAUGAGAGAGUUCCCUUAAUUUUGUUUUGCCGUAAUUGUACAUUUUUAAUUUAUUAAAAAUCACUACAUGCAGGAGAGAAACGGGAGAGGGCUAGAAGCGAUCGAAAUCGAGAGGUGGCUAUUUGUUCUGGGUUUAUUUAUUCAAAGUUUUAUUUAUACAGUUUUUUUACUGUUUGAGGGCGACUACAAGCAAACAAAACUAGGUUUGAGUUUUUACCUUUACUUCAGUUGUUUUUGUUUGUUUGCUUUUUGAUUAUAUAUCUCACCCAUACGACAGACACAAACACACACACACACACACAGGCACGCAGACACAUUUUUGUUACUUUUUUUAACGUUUCCAAACUCUAUCUCGCUUGACACACUGGCUUAUAUAUCUCAAACUAUGAAACGAAUCCUACGAAUGAAAUAAAGCAAAUGACAGAAACUCUUUUUAGUCACCACACAGUGAGAAAAACCAACUAACACCUAGAGGAGGAGGCUGAACCGUGAGCCGCUUUCACAAGGAGAGGCGUAACGUAACUCGACUUCACUUAAAGGAGGAAACGUCUUGGAAAAACAUCGCAACGUUUUGCCAGAAGGAAAACCAAAAUGCUUCCCUGUUGUUCGUUUCGAAAAUAGUCUGCCUUCUUCUAUUCGCCAUCUCACUCUAGACUCUCUCUGUCACCUCUCACUUUUUUUGGUUUUGUCUCUUUCUCUUGCUUUUCUAACCUUCUUUGUUUUGGACAGAAAACUAUGAAAGCGUUAACACAUUUGUAUUAACUCUGGAUAUGCUAAGCCAAAUCUUGCUGUAGCGCUCUCUCUCUCUCUCGCUCUCUCUCUCUCUUCUUAUUUUCUUUUUUUAGCACACGUUUCUGUUUGAAGGAUGAGUCCGGGGUGAGAUUUAGCAGGAGGGUGGAUUACUUUACUACGAAGGGACAUUUUCAUGCCCUCCUGACUGCGGCCCCUCCCACUCUGACUUCACAUCCUGCCUCUCAUUUUCUUUUCUCUCCUGUCUUUAUUCCCCACCACAACCACCACCACCACCACCACCUUCCUCCUUCACAACACUCUGUGAGUGCUGUUUGCCAUCAAGUCAAAAAAAGUGAACUACUCUCUCGGCUGCUAUCUCCACUCUCAACCAUGUUCGGAUUGCUGCUAAAGAAAACAGACAGAGAAAUAAAUAAAUGAAUAAAUAAAUAAAUAAAUAAAAAUGAAAACUUUUUAACCCUCCUGCUUCAGAAAAAUGAAAAAUAAACCACUGCAUCUCAUGUAUUUAUUACUAUUUAACAAGGAAAAAAAGAGAGAAAAAAAAUGAAUCUGUUUUCUGCUGUUUUUUUGUUUGCUUUCUUUCUUGGUACAGGUUAAAGCUUGACAUUUAUAUUAUGUAACGGAAACAUGGUAUUAAACAAGUGCCUCGAUUUAUUGGUCAGCCACUGGACAGAAUUGAACAGAAGAUGAUUAUAGGAGUUUGAUCAAGGUUUAUUAUAUGUAUAGCUAAAAUUCAAGCCUCAUGCAACUGUGUAGAAAUCCACUACAAUUCAAAAUUAUGUGAAACCUUCGUAUUGGAAGUAAGCUUCAGUAUGACUGACCGAUACCCAUAUAUUUAAUUAACUGAUGACAUCAUCAUCAUCAUCACCACCACCCAUUGUAAUCUGUGUACAUAGCAUUCAUGCAUCAUCCAGUUAACGUUAAAGCAAUGUUAGGGUGAAAUGUCAUUUUCAAGGUUAAUUCUAAUGACUGGGAUUCGAACCUGCGACCUCUAAGGCGACAGGACCUGCAAACUACCUUACUCUGCUCAGAUCAGUGAUGAUGACUGCUGUCCUUUAUGUUCUUAAUAACCAGUUAAAACUUGUAAUUGGCCGCACUGGCUUGACUUUACUUUGUCAUUUUUUUCAACAUCAUCCAUCAUGAGAACAUAAUGUCUGAAGUAUUAUGAUAUCAUCAGUUUUGGUUUCUCUAUUAAAGGGAGAGUUGCCUCUGUAGGUCCUCUAAGCUUGUUAUGUUUAGAAGACGUUGGAUAUCAGUUUGUCGCACUCACAAUGCACUGUCAGAAACGUGUCUGAGCACUGAUAAACUUUGAUAAUGCAGAUGUUUCCGAGCUGCUUAUAACACAAAUGCAGAUCUUUGUGUCUAUUAAGUCAUUAUUUAAGAAUAAAGGGAAAUAAA